AAUGGAGCGCUCUUGAACCACUCCAUGUGAAUGGCGGCGGUUCGCCCAACUACUUCGGUCGCCCUUGAGACGACGACCUCAUUGUCGUCUUGAUCACGUGGAUCCCACGUGCCUAAUGCUCUAGUACAGCAGCAAACCAGCCGACGACAGUAAAUCGACAGUGUCCAAGAACCCGAAAAAAAAAAAAUCCGUACGGAGAGAAAUAAUGAGCAACCGGCGGCGGUGGAGCUGGAGCUCCGCCCUGAUCGGCGCGGCUUCCGCCACGGCGGCGGCCACCAUCAUUUGGGGUCGGCCGAGGGACCCCACCUUCCACCUCAUCUCCAUCACCCUCUCCUCCUUCCACCUCAACCUUCCCCUCCUCGACAUCGAUCUCAACCUCACCGUCCACGUCACCAACCCCAACGUCGUCCCGGUCCGCUACUCCGCCGCCACCGUCUCCAUCUUCUACGCCGGCUCCCGCCUCGGCUCCGCCCAGCUCAACGCCGGCUCUCAGCCCCCCAUGUCCUGCCAGCUCCUCCGCCUCCCCGCCCGCCUCGAAGCCCUCGAGCUCGCCCACCAUGCUCCGGCCCUCCUCGCCGACGCCGCCCGCCGCGAGAUCGCCCUCGACGCCUCUGUCGACAUUGCCGGCACCGCCCAGGUCCUCUGGUGGGCGCACCGCUUCAGCGUCCAGGCCAACAGCCACGUCCUCGUCGACCCCAUCUUCCUCGAGGUCAUCGACCAGGAAAACCACUCCGAGACCCACCUCUACCUUGGCUAAUUGUAGCCAUGGAAAAUUUGGAAGCACCUCUCUCGUUAUUGUUAAGAAUCAAUGCCCUUUCUAAUGCAAAUAGUAACUGUUUGACAAAAUGCUUGCGGUCACACAAAUAUUGCACUCUUUUGCUU